AUGAAGCGAGCGAUUCUUCUAUGGACCCUCUUUGACUUUGUUUCAAAAGCAGAUGGUCUUGUAACGAUGAUCCCUGGUGAUUCCAUCACUACUAUUAUGACUUCUUCUUCUCCUGCCAAACACUCAAUACCAAUAAUACUGUCGAUGACACCGGGGACAACAUCACCAACGAUUGAGGAAGAGAAAACAGCACUGGAUUACUUCGAUGAUAUGCAGGAUGAUCGAAUUGAUAGAGCCGAUCAGAUCCCGAUUGAUCUUUCUGUCUUUGAGGAUCACCUUAUUGACGUCGAGAAGUUACCGCCCAUUGUUGAAUUGGAGUACCUACAAGACUUAUAUGCUUCUUCAGAAAGUGCAAAUCCUGCCAUGAGAUACUUACAAGAAGAACGUCUACGGUUCUUUCAAAAAGUCCAAUUGCGAGGAGGAUGCUGUUUGGUGAAGUUCGAUUCGAAUAGCCAAUAUACGUCUACUCUCAGAGGCAUGUGGUCUUGUAUGGAAGCAUUCUACAGAAAACUGGAUGCCGCAACGAAUGAAACGAAUGUCGGUACUGGCACAAGUGCUGGCGAUACCAACAAUGAUUCGUCAGACGAGCCUCUCUUGAUGCGACAGCACUUGGUUCGGCCCGAUCAGUCAUCGGAUGCAGGCGGCUACGACUUUGUUCAAACUUACUUGGAUUCAGAAACCAAGAGCGUCAUGCCAACUACCAUACAAGACUCCCUUGGGUGUAAUCACCCUGCAGCAAGUGCAGUCGAAGAUUCCUUUCAUGCUCUCUCGGACUUGUCCAAAAUGUUUGCAAUCAUCUUGGCGUCUGGAGGAUUGCAACGACCAAUCCACGAAAUGAAAUCACUGUUGAAUGGAUACAUCCUCGAUGACUUUGGAUGCUGCAAUCAUCGUCUCUGCCAGUAUCGGCCACUGGAUGGGACCAAUACUACUAGUAACGACCAUGCCACAAAGGAAUCAUCAUCUCCUCUGCUCCGUUCGCAUACCGACUGGAGUCUGGUCACUUGCAUCCCCGUCAGUCCGACACCAGGACUUUUGAUCUUUGAUCCACUCCACCAAAAGUGGCUGGCCCCGGAUGCAGUUGUCAAUGAUGCUUUAUUGGCACAUGAGGAUGAGGGGCAAAAUCAUUCGCAGUAUUGUCUCAUGAUGACAGGAAAGGCAAUGGACAUGCUACUGGGAAUAGAUGGCGGUAUGGCCUGCAUCCAUCAAGUGGUCCCGAGGGUGCACCAGCAUCAGAGCUUAUUGGAACAACAACAAGCACCAAAGCAACGACGUAUUAGCGCCCCGUUUUUCUUGCGGCCAAAAGAGUCGGUAUCGGUACAGAUCAACGAACAAUGCAAUAGAAAAACUUGUACAAGUGAAGAAGUGGCACUUGCCAUGCUUCAUGGCGUCUACUGUAAACUUGGCGCAUGA